AUGUGGCGUUCUGCGAGGCAGCGCCGCGGAUGUUGGAGACCAAGACGGAGCCUUUGGACGAAGUGGACAGAAUGGAAGAGCAUCGAUCAGUUUGACUUUGCUACACAUUGCUGUGAUCCUGCCAAAUUUGAUUCCUUGGGCCACGAGAAGUGCUUCCCGGAAUGGCCCUCCUGGCCGGUGCGGAUUUGCUGCGCGCAUCAUCUAUCGAAGCCAUCGUACUUCAAGGCAGCCUGGAAGGUGCUGGCCUUGUCCAUCUUUGACGACGAGGUUUUGGAAGAAGACCGUCCCAGACCUCCAGUUCAGAAUCAGGUGAAGGGCAUCAUGGCCUACCACAAAUCUGGCGUGACACUCUCGACGGAGCUCGUGGGUAACGUGGUGCCAGGGCCCUUGACGCGGCUGCUGUUGAAGGAUCCAGAAGAGAAGGUGAUGGUGCCACAUGACUUCCACGUGACGAAGUUCGGGGACCACAAUAGCCCCAGGGGCGGCAGACCUGUGAUCACGCCCUUUUUCCAGGCCUUCACCCGAACCUUCAGCGACCUAUACACGCAGGACAUGAUCAUCCACUUUUCGAAUCCCUUGAAGUCGCGGGAGCCACAGUUCCAAGACUUCAUGCGCCAAGGUGCAGGCAAGCUGCUUCAUUUGGUGCGGAGACCAUCAGAUAUGAUUCUGUCUGGCUAUAUCUAUCACCGUCAAAAUUUGACCACAGGAGAAGAAUGGCUGAGGUUUCGAAAUCCUCCGGACUGCUUAAGCUGUGAUCAUGAAGCGUGGUCCGACAUUUUUCGGCUGUGUGGCUUCCGCUGCAGCUACAGUGAGCUUUUGCAGAAUCUCACGAGCCAACAGGGCUUGCAGGUUGAGCAGUUGAGGAGCCGUUGGGAUAUUCUGAAGAUGCUGGAAAACGCCCAUGCUUGGCGAGACUUGGACCAUGUGCUCCAGGUUCCUAUGGAAAGCUUCCGACAGGAUUUCAACGGCACCCUCCUUUGCAUCGCGCGCUUCUUCUUCUCCCGGCCAGUGGAGGACGAGUCUGCAGAUGCGCCUCCGGAGUUUCGGCAGUUUCUCGAGGAGUCUCAGCUCCACUCGCCCAGCUUCAUCGAGUCCUGCCGCGAAACGCUGCAGCGCGGCGGCCGCUGCGCGGCGGCUCCACCGGGCGAGGACGAGGCGAAAUUCGUGUACCGGGCGACAACGCACGUGGCCGCGAAGCUGGAGAAGAAGCGAUUGCACGCGGAGCUGCGGCGGACGCCGGGCUGGCGCCACUUCCUUCCCUUUGCGGAUGCUGCGCUGGAGGCCACGUUGCAAGGCAGCCCCACGCGGCGGAUCUUCGGCUGUCCCGGUUGA